AUGAAGAUGCAGAUGAAGAUGAUGUUUUUUUUUAAUGAAUGGGUGGAUGACCAAACUGAAUGGACAAGGGUUAAAGAAACUGGGAAGGAGGCCACUCCUGAUUGGCCUACAGAUGUUGAAUUGGAUUCUGAAGAUUCUGAGUGCAAGGAUUAUGCCAAGUAUAAUUCUGACGAGGAAGUUGAUAAGAAUUGGCUAGAGUUCAAUGCUGCAACUGACAUGGCGGAUCCAAAGUUUGAGAUUGGCAUGUUGUUUACUAAUUGUAAGGUGUUUAGGGCAGCUGUCAGAGAAUACUCGAUAUUGCAGAAUAAGAAUGUAGUGUUUAUUAGGAAUGAGGCUUUGAAGCUGAAGGCGGUUUGUGGAGACCCAGAUUGUGGGUGGAUGAUAUAUGCUUCCAAAAUGCAACACGAGAACACAUUGCAAGUGAAGACAUAUGUAGGUGAGCACACAUGUACACAGCUAUGGGAGAACCCUACUGUGAAGUCAACAUGGAUAAGCAAGAAAUAUGCUGAGACAUUGAAGUCCAAUCCCCAGUGGCCAAUCAGGUCAUUCAAGCAGACUGUUGAGCAGGAUUAUAAUACAGCGGUGUCAAGACAACAAGUGUAUAGGGCAAAGGAUAAGGCACUAAAGCUGAUUGAGGGCAGUUUCAAUGAACAAUAUUCAAGAAUUUGGGAUUAUUGUGAGGAAUUAAGGAAGAGAGCUGCUAAGGAAGGAUUUAAAGCUGGGUGCAUGCCUAUUAUAGGUUUAGAUGGGUGCUUUUUGAAGAGUGUUUAUGCAAGGCAACUGUUAACUGCUGUGGGUAUAGACGCCAACAAUGAAACCUGGGUGAUUGCUUAUGCAGUUGUGGAAUCAGAGUGCAAGGAUUCUUGGAUUUGGUUUCUGGAGCUAUUGGUGAAGGAUUGUCAAAUUGUAAAUCAAUUUGGCUUCACCUUUAUAUCCGAUAAACAAAAAGGUUUACUGCCUGCUUUUGAGCAAGUGGUCCCUAAUUGUGACCACAGGUACUGUGCAAGACACUUGUUUUCCAACUAUAGGAUAUUAUUCAAAGCAAAAAGCCUGAUAGACAAGUUUUGGGAAGCAUCAUAUGAAACCACUAUCCCCCACUUUACAAAGGCCAUGGAAGACCUGAAAAACCUGUCCAAGGAUGCAUAUGAAUGGCUAACCACUCCAGAUAAACCUCCAAGGCAUUGGUCCAAGUCACACUUCAACACUCAUUUGAAGUGUGACAUGUUGUUGAAUAAUCUGUGCAAGUAUUUCAAUGCUACCAUAUUGGAAUAUAGGGAUAGACCAAUUCUGUCAAUGUUUGAGUAUAUUAGAUGUGGAGGUAAAUUCCAAGUGGCAGCUGGUGGCCAUGCACAAUAUAUUGUGGACUUGGAUUUGAGGACAUGUUCAUGCAGAGCUUGGGAUUUGCAGGGAUGGCCUUGUGUUCAUGCUAUUGCAGCCAUAAAUUAUAAAGGGGGUGUUAAUGUCAUGGAUUUUGUAGAGGACUGCUAUUUGACAACAGCUUACUUGAAGACAUAUGAUAAUCUCAUACUGCCUAUGAAUGGGAUGGAUAUGUGGGAUAAGAGUGACUUUCCGCCAUGUCUUCCUCCGUCUUACUCUAAACAGCCUGGAAGGCCAAGAAAAUGUAGACACAAAGAAUAG